GCCAAAAGUCAAUUUUUCUUUUUUAUCGUCUCUAUUUCACCUCUUCUUCUGCGUCUUCUCCAAAAUUGAUACUUUUCUUCGUGUCACGUGAAGGUCCAUUUCCUCAGAUCACAAAAUUUCCAUCUGAUUUCCUCAACAAAAACCCUUAAAGCCCAGAUUUUUCGUUUCAAUUGUGUGUACUCGGAGACUCCACAAGACCUCAAAAGGCUUGACCUUUCGUUUCUCUAAUCAAGUUUCGCUCAAUGAAGAAGGUGCUUCAUCGAAGUUUCAAGCCUGCCAAAUGCAAAAUUGCUUUACAAAUGGCGGCUUCACGCCUGAAAAUCCUGAAGAACAAAAAGGAUACACAGAUUAAGCAACUGAGGAGAGAAUUAGCUCAUUUGCUUGAAUCCGGCCAAACCCAAACAGCUAAAAUUCGGGUGGAGCAUGUGGUAAGAGAAGAAAAGACAGUAGCUGCUUAUGAGCUCGUUGGUAUAUAUUGUGAACUUCUUGUUGCUCGUUUGGGUGUCAUUGACUCUCAAAAGACAUGUCCUAAUGAUCUUAAGGAAGCUGUCGCAAGUGUCUUAUACGCUUCUCAAAGGUUAACAGAUGUUGGGGAGCUCUCAGAUAUUGUUAAGCAUUUCUCUGCAAAGUAUGGUAAAGAUUUUGUUUCAGCUGCUAUUGGUUUGCAACCGGAUUCUGGUGUGAGUCGUUUGUUAGUAGAGAAAUUGUCUGUUAAAGCUCCUGAUGGUCCAACAAAGAUCAAAAUUUUGACGGAGAUUGCUACGCAGCAUAAUGUAACUUGGGAAGCAGAGUCUUUGGUUGAAUCAGAUCCAAAGGAAACCAUGUCGGCGAGUGGAGCAAGUUCAUCUGUGUCUCAGCCAGCAACUGGAAUAAAGUCGGAGUCUUCAAGAAUCCAGAACAAUCAACCUCCAGUAUUUCAAGCUGCAGCUACUGUCAAUGUGUCGCAGAAUUCAUAUGCAACUGAUGGGAGAUCUUCAAGCCGCAUGACAUCUACUGAUUUCAACGUUGGGAAGACACCUGAUCACUAUCAUCAAGACCCAAAACCUUCUGGAGAUAGAGUUGACGGUAGAGAACACAGGGAUCACAAUCCAGGUCAUGGGGAUACAUCUCCAUUCGAAACGAAAUUUGUUGAUGCAACGAGUGCUGCACGUGCUGCUGCUGAAUCUGCGGAAAGAGCGAGUUUUGCUGCACGUAGAGCUGCUGAGCUUUCAAGUAAAGAAAGAAUGAUGAUGAUGCAGAAUUCAACAGAGUCGCGGAACUCAUCCUCGUAUGAGAAUCUUAGAAGCAAUCCCCCACAUAGUCGUACUAGUAGCUCAAAUAUGCAAGGCGGAGGUUUUGGUAAAGAAGAGUUAUUAAAAAGCAAUAACAGGCAAGUAGAUCAAUCUACUACUACUACUAGAGCAGAGUCAUCUAAGAAGACUGUUGAUGAGCUAUCAGAAAAUACUUCAUGGAGGAGAGGUCAUUCUCGGGAGAACUCAUUGGAGAUGAGGCCGAAUGAUUCCUUUGCUAAAAUAGGUAGAGAGAAACAGCAGCCAGGUAUGGAUGAUAUAAACCUUAGCAGUUCAGCAGAUGUUCUAAAUAAGAAACAAUCAAGCCGAGCUUCAUCGCAUUCACCGUCAAGCAAUUUUUCCGAUGAUAAUGAUGUCACUGCCUUGGACCAUAUCGAUUCACCAAGUAUCUUUGAGGAAAACAAAUUUCAGAGCACUGUUGGAGAUAGAGAGAGCUACAAUGACAGUCCUGUUGUUGUUGUUGCUCCGGCUUUUGAUGACUAUAGCUCGUUUUUUGACAAACCUCAAUUCGACACAGAAGAUGCUUAUCAUGAUGAACCAGAACAAGGAUUAGGAUUUUCAUUGCUUGGCAGUAGCAGCAAAACAUCGGAUCAUAUGCCUACAGAGAUAAGUUCAUGGAGCCUCGAAGGACACAAGGAUCUGGGAAAACUCAGCUCAGCCUCAACCUCACAGGUUCUUGAAAAGGAGAAGCCAAGUUCUCCUCCAACAUUUGAUGAUGGUCCUACAAGUCCUCCAGCUUCUCUGCAUGAGCCUGAGCCGUCUGCAAAGUUUGAUGAUUAUGACCGAGAUUCUGAAAGUGAAGAAGACAAUCUAGGAAGACUUUCCGGACGUGCAGAAGGAAAGUCGAAGCUGACAGCUCAGAAGUCUCACAUGUCUGAAGGUCCUGAUGAUUUAGGACGUUACUUUUUCCCAUCAGACACAGAAGACCAAGGAGAUGAUUCCAAAACACAGGAAGAAUCUGACGCAGAGACUCCUACAGGUCUUAAGUUUGGACCUCUAGCCAGUGGACUUGAGAAUGAAACGACUCUCCCAUCUUAUGGAUCGAGUCCGCCAAGAGACAAGACGUCGUCUAAAUCUAUAAAAGAGUAUCUUCCAACAGAGGUUGAUCCGUCAAGGUCUUCUUCUCUGCAGACAGCUUCUUCUAGCAGUAUUAGGAAUGAACUUUACACUCAGAAAGCAAGUAACUCAGACAAAAGACCAAGCUCUAUACCUCCAGAUUCAUCUUCUAGUGAUGAUGAAUCAGAUAUGGAACUUCCAAAGAGAGUUUCUUUCAGAUAUCAAGAGAAAAGAACUGAGUCAAGAACCCGGCCCACACAUCUACAUUCGGGUGUCAGCCAUAAGGACUUGGAGGAAGAAAUCCCGACUCGAGCUUCUACCAGAAGUCAAGAUAGGAGGACCCACAAGACCACCCCUGCCUCUGCUUCUGCUUCAUAUUUUCACACAAUGUCCAGUGACGAUGAAGAUGAGAAAGAAGUCCAUAGAGAUACUGCACACAUUCAAACCAGGCCUUAUAUUUCCAUCUCAAGAAGAACAAAGGGCCAAGAGAGAAGACCAUCCCUCGUUACUGCAAAAAUUGACAAAGUUUCUUUUGAUGAAGAAUCUCCACCAAAGCUAAGUCCUGAGGCCAAGCCACUGACUAAGCAACAAGGAUCAGCUUCCUCUUUAAGCUAUCUUCCCAAAACUGAGAAAGUUUCUCACGAUCAAGAAUCUCAUCCAAAGCUAGGUCUUGGGGCCAAACCACUGAUUAAGCAACAAGGAUCAGCUUCUUCUUUAAGCUUUCUUCCAAAAACCAACAAAGCUUCUCCCGAUCAAGAUUCUCCUCCAAAGCUAGUUCCAAAGGAAAAACCAGCAGCUAAGCAACGAGGAUCAGCUUCUUCUUUAAGCUUUCUUCCAAAAACUGACAAAGCUUCUCCCGAUCAAGAUUCUCCUCCAAAGCUACUUCCAAAGGAAAAGCCAGCAGCUAAGCAACAAGGAUCAGCAACUUCUUCAAGCUCUCUUCCAAAAACUGAAAAAAUCUCUCACUAUAGAGAAUCUCCUUCAAAGCUAACUCCAGAGGCUAAGUCAAUGGCUAAGCAAGAAGGAUUAGCUUCUUCUUCAAGCUCGCUUCCCAAAACUGUGACAUCACCUGACCCAGAAACUCCGGCAAAGGAGAAAGCUAGCCAUGUACAUCCCAAACUCCCAGAUUACGAUGACAUAUUUGCCAAGCUCGGGGCUCUUCGUCGCUGAAUUCUUCCCGUUUGUUUAUAUAUACAUACAUACAUAUUCAUUGUUCAAUUAGCCCUCAAUUCUUUUCUUUGAUUGGUUUGCUUGUAGAUUUGAACUUGAAUUUCGCAUCCUGAGCAUAACUUUUUUGCCGUGAGAUAUCUCAUCUGUUUUGUAUUACAUGUUUGGCUUUCUUGUCAUAUAUACAG